AUGCAAGAGCGGCGGAUCUACGAGGAGAUGCAAGGCGUCGUCCGGCACGAAAGCGAUCGGGUCAUCAACAGCGUCCUCGGAGGCCCACACACUAAGAUACAAGACCCCAUCGUCCGCGAAGUCUGGAAGGGCAUGCGAUGGCGAGGCCAUGUGAAGACCCACGAAUUCAUCCUUGUCCUCCGCGACUACUAUCUGCAGCGGAUCGAUCAGGAAGACGUUGUCAUGUCCAGUGGUGACUCUCCAAUAACAGGCGGUGACGACAAAUGGGCGCUCGAAUGCCUCAACGUCAACUACAUCUCAGCCAUCUCGGAAGCACUUGACGACGAUGGCUCAGGCUUCCUCACCAUCAGUAAAGUUAAUCAAUUCACCUCGUCUCGUCCAGAAGGCUGGAGCUUGCUCCACUGGAUCGCGUUCUGGGCGAAAGGAUGGAGGAUAGUCACGACCCAUUACAAUAACAAGUUGAACGCCCUUGUUGCGGAGAUGUUUGCGCUGAUCCCCCACCUCCGUGUCGAGAACCGCCUGAAGGCGUGCUGGUAUCUUGUGACGGUGUGGCCGGUCCUCGCCCAAGUCCUGGCAACGUUCGACCGCGUCGAAGUGGACAUCGAAGGCGAGCUCUGGGGAAGGUUCCAAGGCUACAUCGAAUCCGAAGAGAAUAGGCUCGAGGAGGGCCUGAAGACCUUUCACUACUUCAUCGAUGCCGCGGACACGGUAACCUUGAUCACUGGACCCGGGAGGAUCGAGCGGUUCUUGAUGCCCCUCUACUACCUCUUGGUCCGUCGGGACCUUGAGAUACUGCGGCUCUGCCAUGAGAAGGUCGUUAUCAACCACAUGGAGCUCUACCGAUCUGCCACCAGUAUAGCGCUCGCCGUGGCGGAGGUUGCGCAAUCUCGGAUUAGGGCCUUAGAAGCUGUUUUUAAGCAACGUAACUUGGACCCAGAAAAGCAAAUGAAAGGCUUCGCAUAUGGGCUGUAUUACGCUACCUACAAGUCUGAACGACUCUGGUCCAUGAAAACCCGGGUGACCUUCAAGGAGCGAGACGCCGGCACAUUCGAGGAAGUCGAGCCUGACCUGAAGGCCUGCCGUGCAUCAGCAAAGUGCGCGACCGUGAUGUACGGCACCACAGGCCCCUGCAGCCACGGACCCUACUGGCACUGGGUGGCACGCUGUGGAACGUUCGUGGCGCGCUGCCAGACGUAG